UUAUUUUACCUCUCCUACGGUUUUCUCAUAUAGACUACAGACAUUUCUCUUCACACAACGCACUAUUUAAAAUUAAAAUGUUGUAUUUUUAGGAGUAAGUCCGAGAGCACGACUCUGGAACAAUUACCGAAAACCUUAAAAACCCAAAGCAGUCUGGAGGAGAAAAUGUUCGCGGAGCUUUCAGAACUCGUCAAGACUCAGUCUGACCAGGUGACCAGAACGGUAGCCUACUCCACCAACCAAGUGUUAAAGUUACACCAGGACGUAAUGAACAUUUCUAAUGCGCUGAUGGCCAUCAACAAUGGUAAACUCUGUAAUUUCACCAUGUCAACGACGGACAUCAAUGACAGACUACCCUUGCACAACAUCAACAACAGCCACAGCAACAACUCAUUGCAUUUCAAAAACAAGUCCAUCAUCGAAAAACCUACAUCGGUGAUGCCAAACAAGAACCGUUCUCCACAUGAUUAGAAUAAAACAAACCAUGUAAAUAGUCCUAUAUAAUAUGAACUUAUGUCAUUUAUUUUACCAAAUUAAUAUUAAUAUAAUAGUAUAUAAUAUACCUAUUAUUGAUACUUAAUAAAAAAAUUAAAUUAACAAAGAUAAUGUUGCAGAUCAUUCACUUUAAGUGGAUGUGUAAUGUGCCUGUACUAAACAUGUCUGAAACAAUUUUGUUUUUAUCAAUCCUACAAGUUUUAUAAAUUAAAACAUCGUCAUUUAUAACCAAA